UUCAAAAGAGACACAUCUUUUUUGUCACAGAGCUCAAGACUCAAAAACACUUUUCUAAACUGCAACACUAGCAGUACUACUAGAAAAUACUCCAGUAGCGCAAGAAAUAUUGUUGAAAUAUCUUCAAAAUAUUUUUUUGUGGCUAUCAUGGCAACCAGCGCACAGCUCGAGGAGCUGAGAAGGACCCUUCUGGAGGUCCAAAACCAAAAGAAGGAGCUGGUCUCAGUGAAUGCUGGCCUGAUGGAGGAGAAGGGGAAAAUCCUGAAGGCUCUACAGUUAGAAAGAUCCAUGAGGAAAAACCUGAAGAAGGAGAUCAUCCAGAGUGAGGCCAAGUGGCAAAAAAAAGUGGCGACUCUGGAAGAUCAGGUGAGGAGCGAGAGAGCUGCCAAGGAGGAGAUCUCCGAGAUAGAGGAGGAGCUGGAAAGGAUGAGCAGAGAGACGGAGGCCGAGUGGGACAGAAAGGAGGCUCAAAUGAAGGAAGACAUGAAGAUCCUCCAACAGCAAAACAAAUUUCUCAAGGCUCGACAGUCAGAAAGAUCAGAGUUAAACGGGUUCAAUGGAUCCAUUAGAGAGGAGAACAAGAGCAAGAGACAGGCCUGGCAGGACGAGGUCAACAUCCUUAAAUUGAAAAAUAAGGAUCUGACAAUGAAAACCGAGGAUCUGACAAUGAAAAAUAAGGAUCUGACGAUGAAGACUGAGGAUCUGACAAUGAAAAAUAAGGAUCUGACGAUGAAAACUGAGGAUCUGAUGAUGAAAACCGAGGAUCUGACAAUGAAAAAUGAGGAUCUGACGAUAAAAAAUAAUGAUCUGACGAUGAAAUAUAAGGACUUGACGAUGAAAAAUGAGUAUCUGAUGAAGAAAAAUAAGGAUAUGACGAUAAAAAUUAAGGAUUUGAUGGAGUCAGACCGACUUUGGGAAAAAAGCCUAAUUGUGAAAACGCAGCAGGAAGUCGUUGAGCUCAAAAUUGCUCUAGAAGCCUACGACAAGCAGUUAAGCCGGGUCGUUGUGGAAAAGGACGACCUGAAAACUGAGAUGUCAGAGUAUGUGGCAAAGCUAGAAAAGAAGGCUCAAAUGGAGGAAGACAUGAAGAUCCUCCAACAGCAAAACAUCAAGCUCAGCCUCAGUCUGACGGAGCUGCAGAAGAAGAACAGAGAGACUGAGAAGGAGUGGCACCUCAAGGUGACUCAAAGGGAGGAAGACGUGGAGAACCUCACCCGGAAAAACACCGAGCUCCGGGUUCUUCAACUCAGCCUCCAGGAGCUCGCCCAGAAAACCGACAAGGAGAAGGCCAAGAUGAGAAGAAAGGAAAAGAAAGCAGAGAAGGAGGAGUUACAAAGACAGAGGAAAGAAAAGGAGGAGAUGGAGAAGAGAGACAAGAAGGAGAGGAAGGAGGAAGCAGAGAGAGAGAAGAAAAUGAGAAAGGAAAAUGAGAAGAGAGAGAAGGAGGAAUUGAAACGACUGAAAAAAGAAGGGAAGGAGAAGAGAGACAAGAAAGGGAGGAAGGAGGAAUUGAAUUCCCCACCUAUUACCCUCACUCGCUAGACUUUACUCUAAAGUCUGGGAUAAAGUCUUGUGUGAACUGGACAUUAUCCAUCUAUCUAUCAUCCAUCCAUCCAUACAUCCAUCCAUCCAUCAUCUAUCCAUCCAUCCAUCCAUCAUCUAUCCAUCCAUCCAUCCAUCCAUCUAUCCAUCCAUCCAUCCAUCAUCUAUCCAUCCAUCCAUCAUCUAUCCAUCCAUCCAUCCAUCAUCUAUCCAUCCAUCCAUCCAUCCAUCCAUCAUCCAUCCAUCAUCUAUCCAUCCAUCUAUCCAUAUAUCUAUCAAUCUAUCUAUCUAUCUAUCCUCUUCUGAGGAGACGGGGCAGUACUCCGGGUGAUCCGGUUUCCUGCCCUACUCCAAAGACCUGCAGGUUUAGAUGCAGAAAUGUAGGGUGACUCCGGGUGAUCCGGUGGUCCUGACACAACAGAUACAAGAUUAAAAUAAAAUCAAAAAUAUUUUGAAAAUAAAUUCCUCAUCCAUCUGUUUGUCUUUUAAAAAAUACGGCGUUUUACAGCUGGUAAAAAGUGUGUUUUGCAGAAUUGGAAAUCAGAGUUUCCUCCAUCGCAGAGCCAAAGGUUAAAGGGAGACAGUGUGCCCGCUACUUGGUGCACAUCCGAAUAUCAAUAAAACCAAAAAUAACAACAGUGUUACAUGUCUGAAGCCUUCAGAGACCUUUUUUAAAAUCUAUUUGAGACCUUAUGUGUUUCCCAGAAACAGCUAGGACUGUUACGGUGCGGAAGGAGGACCCAAAAGCAGAGUAGGUAGAAGGAUUAAAAAAAGGCUUUAUUCCACAAAGUCCCAGAAAUCUCCCUCUGCAUCAGCUCUUUCUCACGGCUCCAACCCUCUCUCUGUUGUUGGAGCUGGUCGAGGAGAUCGGCCAGCAAAUCCUCCUCGGAGGAUCAGGUGAACUCUCCCCUCAGAUCCACAUUGGGUGAGCGUCGCCUCGCUGUCCUUCAGUUCACACCGUACUUGUUCUUCAAGGUUACUGAGGUAGAAAUGUAUUUGCGGUUGAAUCUCUCUGGAGUUAAAUUCCAUGUUUUCCAGUGUUUUUUUUCUCCUGUUGCA